AGGGAGAGAUGGCGGAUGUUCCCGGGGAGCCGACGCCGAUGAAGGCAUCCAUGGCAGAGACGGCAGCGGAGAUCAUGCAGUCCUUCACUCCCAUCAAAAAGAUCCACCAGCACCUCUGCGCGUUCCAUUUCUACGCGUACGACAUGACGAAGCAGGUGGAGGCGCACCACUUCUGCUCCCACCAGAACGAGGAGAUGCGGCAGUGCCUCAUCUACGACGGCCCCGACUCCGACGCCAAGCUCAUCGGCGUAGAGUACAUCAUAUCGGAACCGCUCUUCCUGGCGCUGCCGGAUUCCGAGAAGCAGCUAUGGCACUCCCACGUAUACGAGGUGAAGAGCGGGGUGCUGUUCAUGCCGGGGGUGCCGGGGCCGGUGCAGCGGCAGGAUCUGGAGAAGGUCUGCAAGACCUACGGCAAGACCUUCCACUUCUGGCAGGUGGACAGAGGCGACGCCCUACCGCUGGGACUCCCCAACCUCAUGGCCGCCUUGACCGGCGAUGGCCAGCUCGACGACUUCCUUGCCCGAGAUGUGGAGAAGAGGAUGGGGGUGUCGUUCGAGAGUGAGAGGGAGAGCCGGCAGUACAUGAGGGGGCCGGAGCACGGCAUCCACCCGCUGGCGGACUCGUGGAAGAGCGGCAGGGGAAUCAAGGCGGAGCUCAGGGAGACCGACUGCGUCAAGACGGCGACCACCACCGCUCGAGUUUUUGUCUGA